GCCGCCCUCCCGGCGGCGAGCGGGCGCCGGCGAACAUGGCAGAGGAGCGGCGCUGAGCCCGCGCCGCCGCCCGGGGAAGGGCGGUUGCCCCUGCGCGCCCAGCGGAGGGAGCGCAGCGCCGGCUCCUCCUCGGGGCUGUGUGUGAUGGUGCGGGCAUGGCGGGGCAGCCGGCGGCCGCGGCGCUGCUGAGGCGGGGGGCGGCUGGUCCCGGCCCCGGCAGCAGCAGCAGCAGCGGUAUCGAGCGGAGGCUGCCUCCCUCUCCCCGCUGAGAGAAGGAGGGAGCGCCUGGCUUCGCCGUGCCACUCGCCUCGCCGCCGCCAUGCUGCCCGGGGUGGGGGUGUUCGGCACCGGGCUGACGGCGCGGGUGAUCGUGCCGCUGCUGAAGGCGGAGGGCUUCGCCGUGAAGGCGCUGUGGGGCCGCACGCCCGAGGAGGCGGAGGAGCUGGCCAAGGAGAUGAGCGUCCCCUUCUACACCAGCCGCAUCGACGAGGUGCUGCUGCACCAGGACGUCGACCUGGUCUGUGUCAACCUGCCGCCGCCGCUCACCCGGCAGGUCGCCGUCAAGACCCUGGGCAUUGGGAAAAACGUCAUCUGUGACAGAACGGCGACUCCCCUGGAUGCCUUUAGGAUGAUGACUGCGGCUCAUUAUUACCCAAAGCUCAUGAGUAUCAUGGGGAAUGUUUUGCGCUUCCUGCCUGCUUUCGUGAAGAUGAAGCAGCUGAUCCAGGAGGGUUACGUCGGGGAGCUGCUGGUGUGUGAGGUGCAGGUGCAUAGCGGGAGCCUGCUGGGCAAGAAGUACAACUGGAGCUGUGAUGACCUGAUGGGAGGCGGGGGCUUGCACUCGGUCGGCACCUACAUCAUCGACCUGCUGACCUUCCUCACCAGCCAGAAGGCCGUGAAGGUGCACGGGUUGCUCAAGACCUUCGUGAAGCAGACGGACCACAUCAAGGGCAUCCGGCAGAUCACCAGCGACGACUUCUGUACGUUUCAGAUGGUCCUGGAAGGGGGUGUGUGCUGCACGGUGACGCUCAACUUCAACAUCCCGGGGGAGUUCAAACAGGACAUCAUCGUGGUGGGCUCGGCGGGACGGCUGAUUGUGAUAGGUACUGAUCUCUAUGGACAGAGCAACAGCUCUCCUCAGCGGGAGCUCCUGCUGAAGGACUCCACGCCAGUCAGCAACUCCUUGCUUCCAGAGAAAGCCUUCAGUGACAUCCCGUCCCCCUACCUGCGGGGCACCAUUAAGAUGGUCCAGGCUGUCCGGCAGGCCUUUGAGGACCAGGAUGACAGGAGGACCUGGGACGGGAGGCCCCUUACGAUGGCUGCCACUUUUGAUGACUGUCUGUAUGCCCUGUGUGUGGUGGACACCAUUAAAAAGUCAAACCAGCUGGGGGAGUGGCAGAACAUUUCAAUCAUGACUGAGGAGCCAGAACUGAGCCCGGCAUACUUGAUCAGCGAAGCCAUGCGGAAGAGCAGGAUGUCUCUGUACUGCUAGCUCUUUUGUGCUCCUAGGAAAGAAUAGUAACCAGACAGGUCUUGAA